CCCUACGAUUCGUCGCCGCGGCAACGAGGGCCCCAUUCACCGUUCGCGGAAAGUAACGGACGACGCGCGUUCGCGGACGCCAUGUUGAGCCGUCCGUGAGCCCGGAGACACCCGUGCCCCGUGGAAGUCGUUCCCCUCGAGCCCCGAGAUCCGACGAGCGCCGCAAUUGCGCGUCGUGCGGUCACGCGCUCGAACAGAAUUCGGCUCCGCGGGGGCGAGUGGACCGUUGACGUGCGAUCGAUCGCGCGGCCGUCUCGCGGAGUGACUCUGACAGAUGGUAAACAAGCGGCGGUAUCCAGUGGAGUCGAGAGAUCGUUGAAUCAGCCAGUUUCAUCUGCCGUCUCUCUCUCUUUCUCUCCCGUCCCGCGAGUGGGAUAUGUCCUUCGCUGCCGCGGCCGUGGAACGUGCGAUCGCCGCGGCAAUUAACGCGCAGCGGCUGCUGUAAUCGCGGAUUCCGCGACGCACACGGGCGCUGCCCAUCCUGCCUCCUCCGGGCGCCGCUAAUAGCGAACAUGGGAAACAUGUGCAACGACUGCAUGGCCAGAGUGCCGUACGCGACUCUCAUUGCGACCAUCAUGUGUUGCCUGGGAGUCGGGAUCUUCUGCGGAACCAUGUACCGAGGUGCAAUAUUGUGUACUCUUAUGAUGGAUCAGGUGUUUCAUCUGCGCCUCGGAUGGGUGGCAACGGUGCAGCUGGUGUUCGCGUCGAUCGGUGCUUGCAUGGCGGCUCUGGGAUUCAUGAUUUUGUGCGUCGGCUGUCUCGCGACCGGUGCUACGAGGCACAAGGUCUACCGUGCGUGGAGAUCCCGCGUGGGUGGACGUAUCUCCUGCGCCGUUUUUAUGACGAUCAUCUACAUCUUGCAAAUAGCCUGGCUCCUGAUAUUCGCAUUCCUGGUCAUCACCACGCUGAUAUUUACCAUAUUCUGGGGCCUGUGCAACAAUCCACGUGUCCAGUCUCUCGAUGACUGCAUUGAUUUCACUCAAUUCGGCUUCAUGUUUCCAAAUAACACACGGGCGCAGGACCUGCAGGUGUGUGGUCCCCAAGAAGUCAAGCUCUUCUGCAAGGAUUUUGUGGAGAAGGCCGAGGUGAUGUUCAUCCUGGCUACCGUGGCGACCAUGCUCGUGAUUCUGAGCUUGAUACACUACCUGAUGUGCUUGUCCGCCAACUACGCGCACAUACGAGACCACGAGAAGUUCCAGGAGCUGCAGGAGCUGCAGUACCUGCAGGACGCGGCCGAUCCGGACUCGCCGCAGCCGGGAAUGGGUACUCUCGGCUCUCAUCGCGGUAAAGACAGGUUCUAGGACACGGCCCGCGAGAUCUUCACUAUGAACCCCCUGUAAGGAGCCUGUCGUCCAUCCAGCACUUGGACUCAAGUUCACGCGUAGGCCAUCCUUACGUCCAAUUGGAAAUAUCUUCCGGAUACCACUUCCUCUUCUCUAUGUACCUAAAUUCGGUAUUCUGCUCAUCGCGGUGUGUCUAUCGCCGUCACGGUAGUCUACUGAUUCGAGGAUCUUGCGGGAACCAACUCUAUGCCGUCCAUUUUAUCUGCAACUGUAAUCGUAUGUAAGCAUCUACUUCGUUUUAUGUAAAAACAAAGAAGUUUAUUGGAGCACGUACCGGUCUGUCGAUAAAACUUUCGUCUCCAGCGCGAAUCGCUCGAUUCAAAUCGAGAUCGUUCGAGCGGAGCUUCGGUUCUAAGGAGCGUAAGUUGUACGCUCGCGACUAUAUCAUUCCGUAAACUCGUAGGAAAAGCAUUUAAAAUCUGGCCUCGCGCAUGUUCGAGAUGCGCGAGACUCGGCGCACAUCUUUUUUUACUUUUACUCGAAACUAUAUCGUUUUAUUUCACUUCGGUGUACGCACACGCACGUUGUAUUGUGCGUAAUAGUGUUAUGCGAGUGUUCGCGACUUCAGAUCGUCUGCCGGUCUAAUCUUUCGGUACUAAGGGCUAAUUCUCGGACUAUACCACGUACUAUGUCUUCAGUACUGAGAUUUUUUUACGAAAGAGAUUCGUUUUUUUAUAUAUAUACACAUGUUUACAUACUAGGCUACUAAGCAUAUAUUUUCGUUACAUUACGGACAUUUAAAGCAUGCUGGAGAAAUUGGAAAAUAAUAAGGAAAUAAUUGACUAGGAUACAUGAAAGAAAAUCUAAACAACCGCGUGCGUCGCAAUGUUAAGACACGAUUGUUAAUCAAAUUUUCUUUCAACAUUUCUCCAGCACGUUUCCUAAGAAAUAAUCAUUAUCGUUUGUGCAAUUAUAAGGGAAAAGCUCGUCUUUCACAUACACAUUAAGCAGCUUUCCACGGAAAUUAAAUGUUACCGAAAACGUAACAGCGUGCAUACGGAAGAAUAUAUCUAUAUACAUAUUAUACUCGUAGAUUCUGCGUACAUGUAUAAUAUCGACUUGUUGUGAAAAGAGCAAUAUAUUUUUCCGAAAUAGUACAAUUCCGCUAUCAAAUACUAGAAAGAGAAAUGAGAGUUAUAAAUUCCUCUAUGCACGUUACUUGUGCCAAAGUAGAAAGAAUUUUCGGUCUAAACGAAAAUCUAUGACUUUACAUUACACGUUAAUGUUGUGUGGCACAAAUAAAAGAAUAUAUACGUACAAUAGCGAGCUCGACUCGCCACAUAUUAUUACUUGCUCAAAUGAUUUUUGAUGACCGCUAAUUUUCGUAAUGUGUGCGAUUACUGGACGAAAAAAACCUUACGCGUCCCGCAACUGAAAUUAGAAAUACGCUCUUUUAUUUAUCGUAUAAUUCUAGAUUAUUUUAUUAUACACACCUGAUGAGUAAAACGAUACACAUAUCAAAUGACAACUUCAAUUCAUAUGCAGCUGCAAAAGGUUGUAUAGUAGAGAAGGACAAAACGGCACGCAGUACAUAUUUUCUGUUUUUUUUAAGGAAGAAAAUUUGAUUUGUGUUGCGCCGUAAAAACUACGUGCCCCGCAUUCUCGUUCGAAAGUAUUAUUACAAUGUAUAUUCCAUUAUAUUAAUGAAUAAAAAAAUAUUUCCCUCUUAAAA